AUGGGCUGCAGUCACCCAGGCCAUCUAAGCUGGUUUGCUCCCCCCCUCCCCACAGGCUCCCAGGAGACCCUGGACCCCCCCGCGCUCUUCCCGCCCCCGUCGCGGCGCAGGCCCCCCGAGACGGAACCGGCCGUAGAGCGCCCCAAGACCCUGGAGUUCGCGCCCCGGCCACGCCCCUCGCCCGCCCGCUCCCACAUCGACCCCUGGAAACUCGUCUCCUUCGGAAGGACUCACCACUCGUCCCCGGGCAGCGGGUGCGAGACGCAGGGGGAGCUGGACGGAGGCGGGGGGGAGCGGCCGGACCCCCCCAGCGCCCGCCAGACGCUGCUGGACAUAGACAUGGAGGGGCAGAGCCAGGACAGCACGGUGCCGCUCUGCGGGGGGGCACCGCACUCUGACAGCCUGGAUGCCGACAUGUCCCAUUGACCCCCCAGAGUCCGGGGCACCUCCCAUGAAUGUACACCCCCCCACAGCCGGCGUGGGGCACCAGACCUACCUGUGGGGAGGCCCUCUUGGAUGGACCAACCUCUUUACUGUGCGCCUGUACCACCAUCCCCCAUCCUGCUGCUGACCCCAUUUCCCACCCUCAGCGGGCUGAGAUCCCACCGCACCCACCAACGGCUCCAAAGGCUUUGCUGUGGGAGAAGCUGCUGCCUCCGAGGAGCGGGGUUGGGAAGGGAAUUGUGGGGGAGGGGAGCAUGUGUAUUUAUUGAUGGGGGUUAAGGACCCCCACCCCUAUUUAAAUUCCAUGUGGUGUUUGUUU